UCAUCAUUACGAGCCCCGGAAACAACUCGACGAGGGGUCGAUUUUUAUUCCUCGGCGCAGCAAGCUACUAUUCGCAAUUUCGUCAAAAAUAACGUUAAAUAAACCCGCUAGCUGUCGUUUGGAUGUUCCUAUAAGGUACGGUACUUUUCUGUCUCUUGAGGUCCAGCAGAGCAGCAAGUAGCCAUGACGUCUCCAGCGGGACAAGGAGGAGGAGCUCUGUCGACGAGAGGAGGCAGCGGGGCCAGGAGGAUGAAGUGGGCUCUGGAGCUGAGCUUGGGCAACACCAGGAGUCGCGGUGACCGGCAGGGCGGUCAGGGAGACGUCGUUUACCCCAUCGGGUACUCUGAGAAGCCCGUUCCCGACACCAGCAUCCAGGAGACAGACAAGAACCUGGUGGAGAAGCGCUGCUGGGACGUGGCUCUCGGGCCCCUAAAACAGAUCCCCAUGAACCUGUUCAUCAUGUACAUGUCAGGCAACACCAUCUCCAUCUUCCCCAUCAUGAUGGUCUGCAUGAUGGCCUGGAGGCCCAUACAGGCGCUCAUGUCCAUGUCUGCCACCUUCAAGCUGUUGGAGAGCUCCAGUCAGCAGUGGCUUCAGGGCCUCGUCUACCUGGUCGGUAACCUCCUGGGCUCGGCGUUAGCCAUCUACAAGUGUCAGUCGAUGGGGCUGCUCCCAACACACUCGUCCGAUUGGCUGGCUUUCAUAGAACCGCCUCAGAGGAUGGAGAUCAUGGGUGGAGGGAUGGUGUUGUGAAGAGGAGGUGCACAUACCAGAUUGAAAUAUUUACAGAGGUUACAUACUGUACAUUCUCCACCUGUCUACGCAGCCUGGCUACCUGUUAAAAGCUCUCUAGCUCUUGUCCACGACACAUUCAACCUCUACAACGGCAGGUACAACAGGCACGACGUUUCUUAAAUCAGCAGCGGGGUGUGCGGACGGGCCUCGUCCGCCACACACCCAAACACACAUUUUGUUUGCCUUCUUUGACAGAAACAUUAAUGUUGCUUUACUUCAGCCUGCUGCUCUGCUUCAUGAUUCUUUUGAUAAAGAUUUAAUAGCCAGCAGAUCAUCAUGUUGACUACUGUUGAACCACUGUAUUUUUCUUUUUAACACAACAAGGUUAUUUAAGAGGUUAUUUUACAGAAUACAGAAUUAUAGCAAGCUUUGGGAGGAGGAGACGUUAUUAAAAGAGAACUUUAUAUAUCUAAAACUCAAAAAAUACAGGUAUCGGUCAGUAAAGGGUUUGUCAGGGAAGGAGUCUUAUUAGAUUGUAUUACAGUAGAAUUUUCUUCUUUUUUCCAUUAUUUCAUUCGUUUUUUUUGUCAACAUGAUUUCAGCACGCUAGCCAGCAACUUUUACUAACCUGUCUAAUUUAUAGGUCUGUUUAAUUUAUAUUAGAUUUGCUCUAUAAAAAUGUUGUAAAUGAAAUAAAUUCUUAUUGGCUGAAUUUAAAGUGUUUUCAACUGUGUCAAUAAACGUGUUGGAUGGAAAAAAAGA